AUGAUAAAUAUUUAAUCAAUAAAUUCGAGUGAAGACUCUAAUCCAUUGAGUAAGUCAAUAAAUUCUUAAAGUGAAAGUUCUUCUUCAAUAAAUUAGAGUUAACCAAGUCAUUCGAAAAGUGAGAAUAAUUUGGACUUGCGAAAAUUAACUUGGGAUGAUUUUUAAGGAAUGCCUCCAGAAGAUGAUCCUGGUUUAGCUCAUACAAGAUGGAAAAUUGGAUAUAAUUAUUAAGUGCAUCAUGAAGAUGAUAAGAUUUAAGUAAUUGUAGAUGUUUGGUGUAAGAUUGAUCCAUCAUCUUGGACAAGAGAGAAAAUAGAUGAAUUAUUACAUCAUUAAUAAGGUUUAUUAUAAUAUAAUUUAAAUAGGUCAUUUUUAUAUAGGAAUGAUUUGUGCUUUAGAAUUUAAAAAGAGAGUAUAAGAAUUCAAUUUCAGUCAAAAUUAUAAACAAGAAAUUUCAGAGAUUUUCAAUAAAACAUUAUAAGAACAUUAAGAAAUGGAAAAUAAAUAUAAUAUUGAGACAAUGAAUAUGUUAAAUACUGCAAAAUAAAGAUAAUGGGAUAUGAAGAUAAUGAAAUAAUUAAAUUAAUUAUCUAAAUUUACAUGA